UGAUGGACAUGCGGUGAAUGGUAUGGGCAAACAGUGGCACGUGGAGCAUUUUGUUUGUGCAAAAUGUGAAAGGCCAUUCCUGGGUCAUCGUCACUGUGAGAGACAAGGCAGGGCAUGUUGUGAAACCCACUACAAUCAGUUGUGUCUGCUCUGGUGUGUGAACUGUUUCGCUUGUUCAACUUGCAACACUAAGUUAAUGCUCAGGGAUACGUUUGUUGAAAGCGAUCUAAAACCUGUCUGCAAACACUGCUAUGGGAAAAUGCCAGAUGAAUUUAAGCGACGCCUUGCCAAAUGGGAACGAGAAGCGAAGGAGAAAGAGAAGCAGAAAAAGAAAAAGCCCAUCUGUUUGUGAACUCUUCUUCUUCUCACCACCACCUGUGCUCCUUUCGUCUUUGGUCAGUGCUACAGAAAUGGUCUUGCUGAGUUUGAUAUGAAGCCUGUCUGCAAAAAGUGCCAGCUGAAGUUUCCUCUAGAGCUGAAGAAAGGACUGAAGGAAUUAGCUGAAACUGUGGGAAGGAAGCAAAGACUUUGUCUGCUCUCCCCUUUCUUUAUGUGAGAGUUUGGUGCCGAAAGCUGGGAACAGCAUUGCCUGCAGUGAGGCUCCGCCUCUACAGCACAGCACGGUGCACCCCGCUCUUAUUUCUGCAGCCCUGUGGGUUGGCGGCAGUGGUUCAUCGUGGAGCCGGCUGCGGACCUGAGGAUGUUUUAAGAGGCAAGAUCUGUGAACAGCUGGGGGAUGGGGACAGACAGUGGGCACUGCGGUGUUGUGCGAUUGAACUCUGUGCACAGAGCAAGAUUCACCUCUGGAACCAAAGUGGUAAGGACCCUACCAAGUUCUCCUGACCACCCAUACCACCGCCAGGGUAGAGGAAUUAUACCGUGGAUACAUCAUACCCGCUUGAAGAAAGCACCAGGACCACUGUAAAUCAGGAUCUGAAAGUGUGUACAAGAGUUUGAUAAUAGUCAGUAUGAUUGGAGCAGUAGUCACAGCUUGGCAAGAGAAGAACUACUUAAAAAUAUCUAGGAAAAUUGGCCAGGCUCUCAACAAAUCUUGUUGGAUAUGCACUGCCCUCCCUAGAGGGGAGGGAAAGGUGCCAGUUUAUGGGAUAGUGGCACUAAAUUGGACCAUUCCUGACUGGGUAGAGCACGGAAAGUGUAAGUUUGGGAUAGAUGACAAGCCACAAAGGGGACCUAAGUUUGAUUUACUAGUUAUUAACUCUACUAGAUCUAUCUUUGUAGACAGGAAAACUGAUGGUAAAGGUGGGGUGGGGGUUGGAUAAGGGAACUUGACAGGCAUAGGGUGUAGUUGGGAAUAUGGAAAUUCUGGAGCAGUAUCAGGGAUCAGUGAAGCUGGAAGGUGGAACCAAGGUGGGGGGUGUGAUCCUAGAAUCGAUAAGGAGUCACAGUAGGUCUCAGAUAAGAACGUACUCGGAAUUGUAGAGAUGGGAGCAUCAUCCACUCAUCAGGAAAAUAUGGCCAGGCCAUGUCAGUUACCUCAUGGAUACCGGUGGUUAUGUGGGGACAGUCAGGCACGGAGAGCGUUACCUUUAAAUUGGACAGGUACUUGCACUACAGGAUACUUAAUACCCCAGACCAUGGUGCAUGAGGAGAUCCCUCGGGGACUCCUGAGGACCCCUUGGAUUCAAACUAAAUGUACGUACAACCCCCUAGCUAUAUAUAACAAGGGAUACCACAGCUUUCUGAGAGUCCUUAUCCUGGCUCGAGGAGUUGCCCAGCUAGAAAAGCUAUAGUAAAUAUCUCUGCAACUCUGGAAAUCGUGGAGAAUGCCACAAUGGAUGCCUUGUGAGCGAUCCAAGAAGAGCUAUCCUCUUUAUCCAAAGUAGUACUCCAGAAUAGGAUGGCACUAGACCUAUUAACAGCCAAGGAAGGAGGGGUAUGUACAAUAAUAAAUCAGAGUUGCUGUGCUUAAAUCAAUAAGAAUUUAAGAAUCGAGAGAGAUUUAAGGAAAAUUUGGGAACAGACGAAAGUCUUGGUUAGGACAAGUCAGGAUGACCCCAGCUGGGAAGGAGAUUUAUGGAAGUUGCUUACUAGCUGGCUACUGAAUCUAGGAUGGUUAGAGCAGCUCUUCCUAGUUUGCGUCAUCUUGGUGCUGUUGGUAGGUUUUACCUGUGUAAUGCUGAGAUUCUCUGCCUGCCUGUGCUGGAGUAUUAGAAAGGAGCACGAGAUAUGGAAGAGACAUGAGCUUUGGCAAAAGGUGGAAAGUGGGGCCUAUUUUGGGACACGUAGAACAGAAGUCCUGCUAGAUUAUAGAAAAGGGGGGAAUUGAAGAGUGAGAACAGGACCCUGCAGUUAUAGAGAGAAGGGCCUCACAGCAAGAAAAGGGAAAGUAGCUUCACAAAGUAGAAAUAGGGGCAAAUAGAGAUAGUUUAUGUAGAAUGUUAGAAAACAAGGGGUUCCAAGCACUUUCACAGACACCAGGUCUGGAAUAACAAGAAGGACGAAGGCCGUAAAGAUUAGGACUGGAGAGCAGCUCGAAAACAUUUGGCAGAGAGGUGAGUAGAUGUCUGCAGGGCAAGCUGAAACCGGUUUGGGGGAUGCCCCCCCCCCUUCAGGGUCAAAAGUUUGCAGCGAGGAAGAUUGCGAGCCUUCAUCAUCACAACCUCCUACGCACGCGCACGGGGGGCAAGGACUGCAUGCUGAUGGGCUCUUGGGAAUGUAAUGAAUAUGUAUCCGAAUUCCUGUCAAUUAUGUAUUAGUUCGACCUAUAUCUAUAGCACGAUUUCUCCUGACGCUGUGCAAGUUAGGUGGAGCGAUCCCCCUUGCACCAGGGUGUACGCGCGUCACCAAUAUACACAUGCCUGCUCUAUAUCCUUACUGGCCAUAGGGUCUGAUUUCCGCACGUCAACCAAGUAGAAGAUCUUAGGGGACAGUCAGAAAAACAACAUUCAGAAGUCCUUCUUCAGCAAGCCCUUAGAGAACAGUCGGCAAAUGAGAGGGAGAUGAGUGCUAGUUCCCCAGGUAGUGACUUUUAUCCAGAAGAAAAUGGGGAGGAUGUGAGAGCCCAAAGAGACAAAUCAGAAAACCUGGUGACUCUUCUCUGCCCUCUGAUAGAAACCGGGCACGCAUAUGAAGAGAGCAAAGGUGGGUACUCUGGUGAUUGUAUCAGGGAGGUCCCCUAUUCUGCUACCGAGCUGGCCAAAUUAGAGAAAGAUUUUGGUCACACCCCUAGGAAAUCAGAGACAGAGUAUGUGUGGACAGUGCCACUCACAGGGGGAGAUCAGAUCCCGUCGAUUGAAAAGGAAUCAGAGGGUUACUGGGGACCUGGAAUAUUUUUCACCACUGGCAACCACUGUGCCUUGUGGUCCCUUGCUCAAAGAGCUGCUUAUUGGGACGAUAAGGACCACUGAUGUUGUGUGGUUUGAUUUGAUUUUGAGCAUGUUUCUCACGCUUACGGAAAUGUUCUGUUUGUUACUCAGGAGGGACUCUGAGGCUGUAAUCAGACACAGAUUCCAAUGCGUGCCUUUCAUCUUGAUAUCCUCCAUUCGCUCUGUGAGUACCCGUGUACAGGUUUGUUGAUGAGCAGACCACGCUUCUGUCAACACACCUGAAUUGUUUCUGGCCCUGAUAGAAGUGGGCCAUUGCACACAGUAACCUCUGAGGAAUCUGAGGCUGGGAAAAUAUGCUUGUGUGUACCUGCAAAAACACACUGUGCGAAUGUGCCCAACGUUAUGGGCAGGUAGUGCUGUUUAUAUUAAUGAAAAUAUUGGUAUGCAAAUGAAGCAUGCAUACAGAAUUUCCCGUGGCCUGGGCAAGAAACCAAACAUGCCUCACUUUCUGGAGAAAGUACUGCUUAGAUUUCAGACUAGUCAGGUAGUCCCGUGGAGGAGCCUUGUUUAAGGUGGUUUGAAAAGGACCGUAUUUCUAAAUGCAGUCGCUGUACCAAUGACCUACUUCCGAUAGUUUGGACUUACACACUGAAUUUUGGACAUCAGACUUAGCAUGAAUUAUCUAUAUGAAGUCUAACUCCCACUGCAAGAAACAAGUAUACUCAGAUCUACUUGAAUUUUGCUAUAUUCCAUUCAGAACAACGCAUUAACUUUCAUACAAGCUUUUGCAUUUUAUUUACUUUUUGUGCCUUAUUCUGCUGGACCGUAGGUAACAGCGUUCCAUUAAACAUAUGGAUAUAGUUUUAUAUAUUUAUUAUAUAUUUAUUAUGUAUGUGGAUAUAGUUUUAUUUCCUAGUUUUGUGCAGAAACUAUGUACGAGGUAUUUGCAAAAGAUAACAACAUUUGCCUUAAUUAUGCAGGAUGCAAGAGGAAUUUUGUUUCAAGUGUGAAUGCCUGAGGGUAAAAUUUAGCUUCUAGGCUAAAUAAGUCUAGUAGUCUAAUAAUCAGUUCGAGUAGAAGCGGUCGUCUUUGCCAUCUGUCAUUCUGUGAGGUCGUGUGGCAUUUCCACCACGGUGCAUUCUCUCAAAUAAUGGGUGCCUUUUUCCAUAGCAGUCCAUCUCUUUAUCCCAGGCAUCAGAUGUUCUUCAAAGGGGUAUUUUUCCUUUACGGCUAAUAGCAUUUGCUUCCAGAGGAUGAAGGCCUCAGCCUGACAUCCACUAAUACCUCUGUCAGUGCCUUAGCAGUGCUUCCCGGUUGCUGAGCCUAUCUGCCAUCUAGCAACACACCGUUGGCCCCGGUGCCCCAGCAUUAAAGUGACCAGGUGGCAAUGGGUUUGUUUGGGUGCCGUGCAAAAUCUUUUCUCAAACCUCAGAUUUCAGUUGUUUUCAAAGGUCAAUUAGUAGUGCUGACAGUGUCCUCCUCACCUUCUUCUUCUUGUCUUCUAGUUUUUGCUGUUGCCUUCCUUGGUGUCGGUGACAGCGGUCUUGUCGAGAGCCCCUCCCCUGGAUCUUCUGCCUCUCCUUCCUCCUCUUCCUCUUCUUUCUGGUCUAGACGAGGAGUCAUCUGCUUCAAUUUACAUCCUUAUAGAGGGACAACUGACAUCAAUACUGGUGCCUCCCGUGAUUGAACCAGUUGUGCAGUUUCGAUGCUUUUUCUCUCUAGUUCAACUCAGAGGCAGCCUUGUUUAGAUUGGAGUCUGUCUGGUUUGUAUUGGAGGUGGGCUCAGUCAGACUGGAGGGUGUCUCAUCUGGAUUGGAACAGACAGAAGAGGUUUCAGAAAUGUUCUCAUUCAUCUCGGAGGGUGUCAUGUUCAGAUUGGAAGGUGUCCCAUGAUGAAUCUUUUGGUCUGGAGGACGCUUAGGCUCUGAGGUUAACUUGCUAUUUCCUGGGGUGGACAGUGCUAGAAACACCGAUGUGCACUGUAGAGAGCCUCCAGAAAAGCACAUCAAACUGCUUUCGUACCCUCAGGCUUCUGCGUCUCUUUUGACUGUGUGGAGCUGAGUUUUGCAAGAUGCUUUGAAAGACUGGAGCAUGGAAAAACUGUCUGCCUCAGCCGUGGUGACGCUGCUUCUGAUGCUGCUGCGGAAGCUUCAGAGCUAUCGAGCACACCUCUGAAACGCCACGAAAACCAGUGGUUUCCCCUGCAAAGUUUGUAUUCCAGGCUGAAUCCAUCAAGAGUGUUUUCAGCGGUGAAAAGACGUUCCCAUUUGGAAAUACUUCUGCCCCCAGUUCCCUCUUUGGAUUUGGCUUUCAUCCCCCAAGAAAAAGCGCAGCAUCCCAGAAAGCAGAGCAGGAAAAGCCAGGAGCAGCUGAACCACCCAAAAGCUGCGGUGCGCCUCAGAAGCCUUUGGAGGGCAAGGCAUCCCAGCUGGCUCCUGCAGCACAAGAUGGGCCCUCCAACUUCUCCUUUAAAAUUCUGGAAAAGGAAGAUCUGCAUCAGCAAGGUGCCUCGACGUCAAGGUGCGAGGGAUCUGUGUGCAGGUGUGAUCUCGAGACAUCCCUCCUCCAGGGGAGAUCCUGUCAUGCAGCCCGCUGCUGUGCAGGAGAGCUUGAGGGGUGCUUGGGCUGCUCCCUGUUUUGGGGUAAGAUGACCGCCUCCUUGCCAUGCUUUGUCUUAGGCACACAAUCCAUGUGUUGAAUCUGCUGUGGAACUGGGUGUCAGCUAUCAGUUCUUUCAGCCCCCCAGUUUGAGACAGCUUUGUGAUGGUUCGUCUCUUUGAGCCAGAGCGUUAGCAGUGCUGUUGCUCAUUGUCUUCCUGUGCCAGGCCUGGUGUGCCAUCCCCCAGGCAGUGCCCUGCAGAUGGGCUGGGGAGGGCUGGGCUGGGAGAGGGACUGCUGCGUUCCCUCCCAGCUGCCCUGCCCUUUCUCUUGUUCCUGCAGGCUCCAGUUCAACUUCUCCCUUCCAGCCGUGAUCAUCCCAGCCUGCGGGAGAGCAGCAAAUGGCCACAGCACAUCCGUGUCAGCUCCACUUCCAGCCCCCAGACCCAGGCUGAUCUCCCUGCUUGAAGGAGGGAAGGACCCCUGGAUCCCAGAUGUGCGUAGCCCUGAGGCCGUGCCAGGAGACCUCAGCCCAGCAGGAAUUGGGAUUACAGAUAUACUGGAGGAUCUGCAGGAAAGUGGUGUGGCUGAAGGGCGGUGGGGUAGUGCCUGUGUGCGAGAGAUCAGAAGGGAUGUCCAAGGAGGCCUGCGGCAAGGUCAGGGCGAACACAUCAAGAAGGCACUGGGAAAGCGUCUGGGAAAGACAGGAAGGAGCUCACUGGACUUCAACAUAGGUCAAAAGCAGCCUGAAGAACCCGGGAGCAAGGAUGUGUGCCGGAAGAAAAAGCAGAAUCCAUGCACUGAGUGUGAGAAAAGCUUUGAAAUAGAUUCCAGCGUCAUUAUCUGCCAGUGCAUACGCUCAGCAAUGAGCCUGUACAAGUGCUCUGAGUGUGGGAAGAGCUUGACAUGGAAAUCCCACCUCACCAAUCACCAGCGCAUCCACACAGGGGAAGGACCCUACAGGCGCUCUGAGUGUGGGAAGAGGUUCAAAAGGAGGUCUGAAUUGAAGCUGCGCCAGCGCUUCCACACAGGAGAGAGACCCUUUCAGUGUCCUGGGUGUGGGAAGACCUUCAAAAGUGGUUCUCACCUCACUUGCCACCAACGCAUCCACACAGGAGAGAGACCCUUUCAGUGUCCUGAGCGUGGCAACAGCUUCAAAACAGGAGAGAAGGCCUUUACGUGUCCUGAGUGUGAGCAGAGCUCUAAACACAGACCUCGUCUCAACACCCACAAGCACAUCCACAGCGCACACAGGUUGUAGAAGUAUCCUAAGAUUCUUCGAAACUGCUUCAAAAGCAGUUCCAGCCUCGUUAACUACCAGCACAACCACACACGAUACAGAGCCUGCAGAGCCCCGAACGUGGGGAGGGCUUCAGCCAGAGCCCCAGCCUGGUCACCACCUGUGGCUUUGUGCGGUGCUGAGCCUUACAAAUCCCUUGAGUAGAGGAAGAGCUCCGUGGCCGAACUGAACUCUGUUCCUCCUUGCCUGCCUGGGAAUUACCCCCUUUUGCUCUCUUUCAGCUGCUGUUGCUAUAUGGAGAGGCCAUGCACAUGAGAGUCCAGAGAGGGAUGUGUCACACCCUCUGCCAGGUGGCACAUUUCUGCCAGGGCUGUGUGGAAGGAGAUACCUGGGAAGUCUCUUGUUAUCUCCCCUAGAGAAUCCGAUCUGCUGUGGGGCCGCAGGUGAGGACCCAAAGGAAACCUCAGCUGGGCCGAUAUGUCACCAGGAAGGAAGAAAUUCUGUCUGCAGGGAGUGUGGGAAGAGCUUCAUCUGGAGCUCAGCUCCUUAGUAAGCCCCAGAGAACCAACCCAGAGCAGAGUCCCUGUGAGUGCCUUGACUGCAGGAAGAGGUCUGUCCAGAGCUGGGAGCUCAUCACACGCCAGUGGAUCCACGUGAGGAACCCUACAGACGUGCAGCCUGCAAGAAGAGCUUUGUCCACAGCUCGAACCUGCUGAGGUAGCAGAGUGUCUGCACUUGGGUGAAGUCCAAUACGUGCCUGCAGUAGUGAGUUCACGCGGCAGGAAGCCUUAGAAAUGCCUUGAGUGUGAGAAGGGCUUUGUGCAGAGCAGAGGGCUCCUCACAUGCAUGAGAUGACAGUCGUGGAAGAAGUGCUACAAAUGACCCAUGUGUGGGAAGAUUGUCAACCACAGCUCCUACCUGAUCAAACACCAGGGGUGGCCCUGCAAGUGUCUCUCUUGCCGACUCCAGCCUGCUGCUUGCUUCUGGGGAAGCCAUUUCUUUCGCACAACCCCCCCUAUCAGGGGGACUUCCAUUCUCGGGGUGGAUGCUCACUUGGGAGGCUUUGUCUUGGUGAAUUCGACCGGUAGCUGCAUCCACCCCGCAGAAAGCAGUGCCCUCAGUAUCACACGUCACCUCUGCACUCACUGGAAUCAACACAGGCACAGACAGAGCUCCCAAGGGAACAACCAGCCCCCCAGGUGCAGGGCUGUUAUGCAUUACUGGUUUUUCACGUUGGCAUGCAAAGUUGGAGUCCCUGUGUGCUUCAGCAUCGUCAGCAUGAGUGAGACAUGGUGGGAAUGGUCCUGCGAGGGGUGUGCUGUGUGUGAUGGAUGGCUCUGGGCUCUGCAGGCCGGAGAUGCAGGGCAGGUGAGAUGGGAUGGCGGUGCUACAUGUACUGGCGGGCUGGAUGGGAUGGAGCUUACAGUUAGUAAUACGCGGUUGAAAGCCUCUGGGUCUGGAUUAAGGGACAGGGAAAUAAUGUGGAUGUCACCAUGGGAGUCUACUAUAAGCCACACAGGCUGGACAGUGAUACCAAUUAAUUAUUCCUAAUUCUUUAAAGGAGUAUCUCAAGAGCAGCCUCUUGUCCUAACAGGACACCGGCUUCCCAGAAAUUGAGGGCGAGUAGCACACAGCCAAUGAGCUGUGAUGAUCCAAUGUGCUCUCAGGGAGAACUCAAGGCGAAGUCAAGAUCGCUCCUUUCCGGGCUUCGCAGGGAAACCCCCUCCUCGUAGAAAAGUGGGGUUUUUGGGGGGGAGACAGGGUCUUGUUUUGGGGUGAAAAGUGGUAUUUUAGGUGAGAUAAUGUCAUAUUUUUGGGAGAAGGGUGGUACUUUGUGAAGAAAAUGCCUUAUUUUGAAGAGAAAAAUAGUGUAAUGGUUGCCGACUUCCUAUUUUGGGGAGAAAGCUGGUAUUUUGGGGGAGAAAAUGUUUUAUUUUCAAUAGAAAAUUGGUAUUAGCAGGUGAGAAGACUUAUUUUGGGGAGAAAAUUGAUAGUGAUUGGUUUCAAUUUGGGCUGAGAAAAUGUCAUUUUUGGGUGGUAACUGGUAUCCUGCAAGAGAAAACGGCCCAGUUUUGUGAGUAGUGUCAUUUUUUUGGUAGAGAAAAUGCCAUAUAUUGGGUAGGAAAGUGGUAUUUUGGAGCAAAAAUGUCAAAUUCUGAGGUGCAUUUAUUUAUUUAUUUAUUUAUUUUUGUGGGAGAAAAUUUCAUGUUUUCAAAACCAAUGUGGUAUUUUAGGGAGACAUUGCUUUAUUUUUGGGAGAGAAGGGGUCUUCUGUAGGAGAUAAUGUUUAAUUUGGGGGAGAAGAGAGGUAUUUGGGUGGAGAAAAUGUUAUAUAUUUGGGAGAAAGUUGGUAUUUUGAGGAGAAAAUGUCAUAUUUUGAGGUGAGAAGUGCUAUUCUGUGGAAGCAGUGGUCAGAAUUUUUGGAGAAAAUUGGUAUUUGGGGGUGAAAAUAAAAUAUUUUUGCAAAAAAAAGUGGUAUUUGGGGGAGAUAAUGUCACAUUUUUGGGAGAAAAAUGGUAUUUUGGGGAGACGAUGUCAUAUUUUGGAGAAAAGUGGUGUUUUGGGGGAGGAAAAGUGUUAUUCGGGGGACAAAGUUGUCAUAAUUUGGGGAGAAAUCUGGUAUUUUCUGAAAAGAAUGCCUUAUUUUCCGGUGAAAAGUGGCGUUCUUCUGGGAAAAAAAUGCCUUAUUUUCGUGAGAGAUGUAGUAUUUUGGUAGAGAAAAUGUCAAAGACUGGAGAGGGAAGUGGUAUUUUGGGGGAGAAAAGUGGUAUUCAGGGGACGAUAUUGUCAAAUUUGGGGGAGAAAAGUGGUAUUUAAGAGAGAAAAUAUCGGUUUUUUUUUUGUUUUUUUGAAGAAAAGUGGUAUUUUCGAGAGAAAAAUGGUCAUUUGGGGGAGGAAAGUGGUAUUUUGCAAGAGAAAAUUUUAUAUUCUCAUGAGAAGUGUCAUCUUAUGCGUAAAAAAAAUGUAAUUUUAUGGAGAACAGUAGUAUAGAAAAUGUCUGAUUUUGGAGAACAAAUCUGUAUUUUUGGGAGAAGGCUGGUAUUGUGUGCAGAACGUGUCUUAUUUUUGAAAGAAAACCUGUAUUUUGCAGUUGAGAAGUCAUAUUAUGUGGAGAAUAGUUGUGUUUUGUGGUGAAAAUGUCUUAUUUUGGUGAGAAAGCGGUAUUAUUUUGGGGGAGAAAAUGUUAUACAUUUGGGAGAAAGUUGGUAUUUUGAGGAGAAAAUGUGAAAUGACUUCCUCCCCCGGAGGCAGUGAGGUCCUGGCCAACGCUGCCCAGAGGCUGUGGGUGCCAGCCCGAAAGGCCUUCCUUGGCCCCUGGGCCUAAAGCCACUGCCACAUGCAGAGAAGCCGUUCCUGGCGUCUAAAGCAACUGCCAGAGAAGCCAGCACCAGACCUGAAGCCUAAAAACACAGCUAGAGAGACUGGCACCGGCCCAAAGGCCUGAAGCCACAGCCACAGCCCGAGAGGCCGGCACCAGACCUGGGGCUUAAAGCCACAGCCACGGUUAGACAGGCUGGCAUUGGACAUGAGGCCUGAAGCCACAGCCCCAGAGACCAGCACUGUCCCAAGGAUUAAAAGCCACAGCCGCAGCCAGAGAAGCCAGCGCUGGCCCUGGGACCUAAAGUCACAGCCUGAGAGGCAGACAUCAGCUCUGGAGCCUAAAACCACAACCAGAGGCUGGCACCGGCCAAGCCACCAAGAUGUGGGCAAGAUGGGGGUCAGGGGCAGAUAUAGGCUGCUGAUCUACAGUGGCCCGAGAGCCACCUUACAGUAACCCCUGAACAACCCAGUAACAGACCCAUCACUGCCCCCAGCCUCAUAUGGGGUUAUGGUGCUCACAGGGUUAUGGGUUAUGUGGGGUUAUGGAUCAGGGUUCCACCUUUGGACCACAGGAAACCCCAAUCCCCUCUCAGGAAGAAAUCAAUAAAUGCACUCCAACACCACCCCACAUCCUCCAUUUUGACCCUAAAUUGCUCCCCACAUGCCCCCAGGCCCCCUAUGUCCCCAUGCCACCCCAUGUCCCCGCACCCACAAGUCCCACCUUUACCUCACACGUUGUCUUCUCCUGCGCAGCACUCUGUUCCUAUAGUCUGUGGUCCAUAUCCUCAGAUCCUCCCCAGAUCCUCCCAUGGUCCUGUUCCCCCAAUGCCCCUCACAUCCCUUUCACCCACAUCUGUGCCCUACACCUGUUCCAGCUCCACAUUCCUCUCCUGCAGCAGCUGCUCCUGCCCCAGCACCAUGUGGUUGUACAAGAGUUUGAUGGGGAUGGGGGUCAGGAGAGGCCCCACGUGGGCUAAGGGGGUCCUGGGAUGGUGAUGGGUGUCCUGCCAGGGACUGUGGGGGUUUGUGAGAUCCCGGGGGGGUCCUAGAGGUGGUAAAGGAGGUCUCAGGAAGUAGGGGGGUUCAGUGGGAGCACAAUGGGGGACAUGGGGUGCUGUUGGGGACUAUGGGGCUCUGUGUGGUUAUGGGCCAGCUACAGGGGAGGUGUACCGGGUCUGAGGAGGUCCUUGAGGGGUUAUGAGGUUCUGUGGGGGGCUACAGCUAAAGCCAUCAGACAACGUCAGCGGAUGCCUGGUGCUUGGAUACAAGCAGAAGUGCUGAUGGAAAAUCACCGCCGAAGCACAGACUGAGUCACUGGUACCUUGCAGUGAGGAAAGACUGAGAUGCACAGCGUCCUCACCUGCUUGCAUGUUGGAAGUGGAGGUUCAGCAGCAGCUCGACUCAUGAUUAAGUCCUCCAAAAACCUUCUUCUUUCUUCCUGAUCAGGAGACUGGAUACUGAAACCUUCUCCAAAGUCAUUAUUAAACAAUAUCUGUACCCAAAGCCCAAGGAGAAGACACGUUUCAGAUUUAAAACCACAAAACAAUUAUAUUCUAUUCCAAAACAAUUUCAGUUCUAAUUUAAAUGUCAUGACUAGCAUUUUACUCACCCUGCUAUGAAAUGACAGACUGGGAAGAAACGUUCUCAGUAAAGCACACCAAUGCUUAAAGCAUUCCUAAAAUAACAAGAAACUGAAGGGAAGGGAAAUGCUGGGGGAAGGGGA